AUGAAGAAAGUAAUAUUUUUAUGCCUGUUGUCGCUAUCCGUGUGUCUAAGCAAGCCAGCUGACGAAAAAGUUUCACCGGUUUCAAAUGCGAGUACUACAGUUGAUCCUAAAAUCACAAAACCAACCGAGACGAUCUCUUCUCAGGCCACUCAGACCACUCUUGCACCAACUGUCAAAGAAAACGCCACAGAGCAUCAAGAGCUUAAACCGUCACCUUCAUCACCGCCAAAACCAGAAAGUACUAAUAAGACUUCAGACAAACCUGCAAAAGAAGAAGAAAUUAAGCCCGCUGCAGCUAACGAAACUAAAGUGGUGCCAACCAUACCAAAUAAGGAUGUAAAGCCUGCUGAAGAAAAACCCAAAAAUGAAACCACGACCGAGAAAGGGCCUAUGAAAACAACUGAAACGCCAAAAGUUACUGAAACGCCGAAACCUGACAUGCACAUAGUUGAAAAAGCGAGAGGCUUUGAUGGACCUAGUUUCUUUGGUGGCAUCGUUCUGACUUUGGGUCUACUUGCUAUUGGAUUCAUGGGAUUCAAGUACUACAAAAACCAAACCGAAAGGAACUAUCACACUCUC